GAGAGUCUCGCUCUUUAAGAUUAAACCAAGAAUCUCUGCAAAAAAAAAAAAACUCUAUCUCAAUUCUCUUCUAUUCUCCCUAUCUCUUUGUUUCUUUCCUGUCUACAAUGACUGAAGCGGAAGAGAGGAAAAUUCCAGUGUUUACUGUGAUAAAGAACGGUGCAAUUCUGAAGAACAUCUUUGUCAUCAACAAACCACGAGAAAUGGAAGAAGGAGAAGAAUACCCACAUAAUCAAGAAGAAACUGAAGAAAGAUUGAUUGUUGGUAGACACCCAGAUUGCAACAUCAUGUUAACUCAUCCUAGCAUCAGCAGAUUCCACCUCCAAAUUCACUCCAAACCCUCUUUCCAGAAACUCUCUGUCCUCGACUUAUCAUCUGUUCAUGGGACCUGGGUUUCAGGGAAGAAGAUUGACCCAGGAGUUGUGGUGGAACUGAAUGAAGGUGAUACUAUAAAAAUCGGUGGCUCAACUAGGCUUUAUAAGCUGCAUUGGAUUCCUAUGACACGUGCCUAUGAUAUGGAAAGCCCUUACGUAUCGUCACUAGAUGUGCCCAUGGAAGAAGAGAAAGAGGAGGAAAGUGCAGUCCAAUCACAUCAGGGGGAGAAUACAUUAUCAACUCAAAAUGAAUGUAUUGAGGGGAAAGAUUCAUUGCUGGUGGAAGGGAAAGAAGAAGAAGCAUCUCAGAGUUGCGUGCCAGCUGAAGAUGAAGAACUUCAAUUAAUGGAUUGGAUGUUGGAGGGUAUAGUUUCUUUAUUUUCUGAUGAGAGUUCAGGAGUACUUAUGAAGAAAGAGAUUCCAUCAGCACCUCCGAUGCCUGAAAAUAUGAAUUUUUCAAUAUAUGAUGAAGAAGAGAGCACAUCAAGGAAUAACCUUGAAGAGAGGGAACUUUUAGGCCUCAAAACUGAGCUUUCAAGCAAUUUUUCAGGGGAAUUGGAUUUGGCUGUUGAGGGAUAUAUCUCAGAGUCCCAAAAUCAACAGUUAGGCAAAGCUAAUGAGAGAAUCCUGCUGGAGACUGUCAUGGAUGCGAUAUCUGAAGGAGAGAACUCAGAGAUGUCCUUAAGAAAAUCAGAGCUAAAACCUGAACACUCAGAGAAUAUUGAUCCUUCAUUUGUAGAAAAACUGGAAAACUAUUCAGCCACUGAGAUAGUUGAAGAAUCUGAAAGCAAAAGACUAAUUCGAGAGAGCCAGCAAAAGAGGGAUGUUUCAAGACUUUCCAGUGAGCCUCACCUGCUAGAAUCAAUUAACUCAACUUUUCAAGACGAUGUAUCUUUGAAUAUCAAAUCUCAUCAAGUACAUAAAGAAAACCAGACCCCGAAGCCUCUUUCUACUUCGAAACCAAUGGAGGAAAGAGGAAACAAGGAGAAUACUGCAGCAUAUCAACAGUCCAUCUUGAUGGUGAACCUAGAUUCUACAUGUUCUGAUGGAUGCAAAGACUCUCUCUCUGGAAAGGUUGAGGAUGCUGAAAACCAGAAUCUAUCAAGGAAAGACUAUGAAAGUGACGAUGCAAGAGUUUCCAGUGAGCCUUACCUGCUAGAAUCAAUUAAUUCAACUUUUCAAGAAGAUAUACUUUUGAAUAUCAAAUCUCAACAAGUAUAUAAAGAAAACCAGACCCCCAAGCCUCUUUCUACUUCGAAACCAAUGGAGGAAAGAGGAACCAAGGAGAAUACUGCAGCAAAUCAACAGUUGAUGAUAGUGAACCUAGAUUCUACAUGUUCUGAUGGAUGCAAAGAUCAUCUCUCUGGAAAGGUUGAGGAUGCUGAGAACCAGAAUGGAUCAAGGAAAGACUAUAAAAGGGACAACACAAAUUUUUACUCUGCUGCCCUCCCAACAGAAUCAGUCAAAUCAUCUUUGCCUAUUGGUGAAGUUCUCUCUGAUGUUACAGAUGAUAAAAGGAACCCAACCCCGCAGUCUCUAUUUUCUCCUGCAGUGCUGUCUGAAGAUGAGAAUUUAGACAGCUCUCCCUCGAGGUUAGAGAAAAAAUCCAACUUGCACAGUAUUUGGUCCAGAAGAGGUAAACUUGCUUCUGUUCUUCAUAUUCAAACUGGAAGGAGCAAGGAAAAAGCUGUUGAAGCCACCAACAAUGCAGAGAAUAAAUCAAUUACAAAAUCUCUUUUAGUUAGCUCAGAGGAGGAAGGGGAAGAAGAAAUCUUUACUCCAGACAAGGAGAAUUUCACCCCGAAUACUCUUUUGAUGAAAGCGUUGAAAAGAAAGGGCAAGCUGGAAGAAAUUAAACAUUCUUCAAAGGUUACUUUUAGCCCUGAUCUUCAGCCAGAAGAUGACAUUAUUGCCUCUGAUGAAGAAAACCAAACACAAAAACUUAUCAAAGAGCUUAAAUCCGUAAGAAAGGCAUCUCGAAAUCAUCCAAAGUUACAAGAAAGAAUUGUGAUCAAUGGAAAAGCAGAAAGGGUGCCAUUUCAAUCUUUGCUGCCGGACUCUGCUUGCAAAAGUGCAUCAGAAGCUUCAAUCCCCAAAACUGCAGCACGAAGUAGCAAUUCUAAUACUUUAAACUCUAAAACAAUAGAUAAACGGAUUGCUCAUCCAUCUUUGAACGAAUCUGUUGGAGCAGGAAGGGGGAUUUGGACCAUGGUAGCAGACACCACUUCUCUGAUGGACAAGGAAUCAAGGAAGUCAUUACAGCUUUUACAAGGUCUCAAAGGGACUCGAUUGAUCAUCCCAAGAUCAGUCAUAAGGGAGCUGGAUUGUUUGAAGCGACGGGGUAGUCUAUUCAGAAGAAUAACGGAGGCCUCAUUAGUUUUGGAAUGGAUUGAAGCCUGUUUGGUGAAAACAAAAUGGUGGAUCCACGUCCAGAGCACUCUGGAGGGAGUGGCAAUAGCACCAACACCUCCUGCCACUCCUCAAUCUCAAUUCAGUGAAGGCAGUGUGGGGAAUCUCUUUGGGACAACUUGGUCAGCCCCAUUAUCAUCCCGGGGAAGUCUAAUGGAUAUUGCUUCACCCACAACAGAAGAUCACAUCCUUGACUGUGCCCUUCUGUUUAGGAAAAUGAAGAGUGAUGGACAGCUCAUCCUACUUAGUUCCGAUAUCACUCUAAAGAUCAAAGCCAUGGCAGAGGGUCUGAUCUGCGAGACAGUGCAAGAAUUCCGGGAGAGUUUGGUGAACCCCUUCUCUGAGAGGUUCAUGUGGGCUGACAGCUCUCCUAGAGGACAGAGUUGGACAGUCUUAGAUGAUGUAGUUUUGAGGGAGAAGUAUAACCGUUGCCCCCUAAAGAAGCCAUCCAAGGGAGAUGCCAAGGGUUUGAAACUCAUUCUCCUUCACAAUUCCCACUAUGGUCACAUCAGUUCAGUCCGCUAAAACAAUCCUCCACUAGCUGCUUUGUUUUGAACCAAAGGAUUAUUAGAAAUGGCUUAAAUAUACCAGGGAUAUUAUUACAAUUCUUAAAGAAAUGUAUCAUUUUCUAAAGUAUCGGGCAUGUCUCCUAUUUGGUC